AUGUGCCGUGCCCUGCUCUCGUGUUCUCGCUGCCUGCAGCACUGGACCCUGCUGAGCGUGUCCCUGCUGAGCUGCCUGCUGUCCGCAGCGUGCAGCGUGGGCCUGGCCCUGGCCAUCGCGCUGACCGUGCACAGCCGGGGCCGGCACCUGCUGCAGGGCUGCCACAGCCCCGCGCUGCCCAGCGACGCCCGCGCCGCCAUCGCCACCAACGACUGUCCCUUCAACACCACCCGCAUCUAUGACACAGCCCUGGCGCUCUGGUUCCCCUCCAUGGUGCUGGUGGCUGCAGAAGCUGUGCUGUCUGGCAGGUGCUUUUUGGUGGCCCUGAUCUUCCGGGGCAUUGGGCCCUGUGCACGCAGAUACAGCAAAGAGCAGCUGGCUGGGCCAGGUACAGUGAAGGAGAGGCCAUCACGUGAGAUGCAGCAACUCCUUGGGGGGCUGGCUGAGUCUUGCACCUAG